GCUCUUGCCGGCCCUGAACCGAAUCGUCGACCCAGAUUACCUCCCCUACGAUGCGGAUAUUCUCCUUGCGGAUGGGCGAAGCUCCGCGAUCGUGGAGACCGUGGUCCACAUAGAUUCUUCCAGACAGACGCAUCAUCAUGGUCGACGUGAGUGGGCUGUGCUCGAGUCCUCGAAAAUGGUUGCAUCAUUUCGACAAGUGUGUGACGAUCUCUUGCUUUGGUGCACGUAUGGUCUGCAACCAACCCAUCGCCCAGCGUCGAUUCUCAGAGCGUGAAAUCGGUCAUUUUCUGCGCCUCGCUGGUCGGGUACGAUGCACCACUCCACGAUGCGGGCGGCGGCAGGACGCGUCUGCAUCAGUCGCUGAUGAUGUUCUCUGAACACGUCAACUCCCUCUGGCUUCGCCGAUCGAAUAUUAUUCUUUUCCUGAACAAUCUACAUGAAUUUGAGCGGAAGCUCGCCAAGGCGAGUUGACGUGCCUGUGCCACCUGCAGUGUCUGAUGCUCGAACAGUCCCCAGUAAAGCAAUACUUCCCAGACUACGCGGGCGGUCCCGGGGCGGCUGAAGCCGCCAGCUUCAUCCAGAGUCUGUUCGAGAAGGAGAACCACGCAGGCCUGCCUCUUACUUCCCAGUGCGUUGCCGUAACCCUGACCCUGUAAAGAACCAAGUGGAUGUUUGAUAUUUACUCACUUUGCAGUAUGACGGAAGCGGCAGACCCAGACAAUCUGCGGUCGACGUUCGCUCUGGUGCAGCGAUCAGUCUGUACCGCGACCAUGCAUGUUAUCACCGAAGUUGGGUAGAAGUACCCUUGUUACGAUAAUAAUAUAGAACCGCAGCUGAAGUAUUCAUUCUCCGGUCCGUGGCUCCCCAUCCGACACAGCUGGAUCUCCGACGCGGUCCAUGCGCCCAAGUCGACGUCCGCUGACCGCGCUUCCGCAUUGAUAUUCGCAGUGCGCCCUUCCGGGGAUGCAAGCGCGAAGACUUCCUGGUAGGAGAACCACUUGGGGGAGCGUCGGGGCCGGCGGUGGCUUGCAUUGAUGAGAGUGCAAUGAAGCUGCAAGUUGCAAGAUGCAUUCAUAUAUAUGAGUUAUUGACGCAACGGAAGGACGGAACUCACGAGCACGGGCCGGGUCUCAUGAA